AUGAACUACGUGCACAAAUUUGUCGAACCCCUACCCAAAUUCGUAAUUCCAUUGCAUGACCACGACAAAGAGUACAUCUCCGAGCUACAAAAAGCGGUGGCUGAUUUACACACGGUGGUCCAGCACAAGCUCAAGCAUGAGCCGAAACACGGGACCCAUCACCAGAACAAUCACGCGGGAGAAGAUCAUGAUGAACCGGACAAGGAACAGCACCCGGACGGGUGUCACGUCGACCUCAACGCUGCUGGUGCAACGCACCCACGUCGUUGGCAGCGGCAUUCGCAGGGACAGUCAUUCGCGCAAGUUGGCCCAGCUGGUUCCGUCUUGAUCUCGAACGACGAACAUGCCGGUCAAGCGCAAUCCGAGGGCGAAAACGAGGAACAAGAAGCGGCUCUGGACUCGCAGACGGUCUCGCACAUCAACAACGGCUUUUCCUCCCUCCACGACCAGGCGACGACCUUCACAACCGACGAGGAAAUGCAGGUCACGGACGCGUAUCUAGUGCAAAGGUAUCGCACUCGUCCUAAUUGCAGUCAUGCAUGACAAAACUCGCCUCUUAGGUCAGUCAGUAUUACAUAUUCCAUCAUUUUUUCUCCACCCACUGAUGUGCGAUACUUUUGCGUAAUGCAUAACGUGGCUUCGAGCACCGAUUCGGCCACGUCGAGCUCGUCCUUCGCGGCAACCCCGACUUCGUCCGAUCCGUGAGGUGGGAGAGCGGACAUGGAAGUCUCCUUCAGUGACCGGCUUCAUCAUCAGUCGCCGGCGACGAGGGGAUUCAGAUUUUUGUUGCAUUCGCUUUCAUACUAAACUAUGUAUUACUUUACAAAUUCAAAUCAAAAUCAAAUUGAAGAUCAGUGGUCGUGUCUCGUUAUGAUUUUUGUCCGGGCUGUGGCCCAAUUUUUGUCGGGAAAGGUAAACGUCAGAAAAAGAAAAUCAAAAUUCGAAAAUAGAAUUCGUAACGAACAGAACCAACUGUGCCAACUUUUUUACAUCUCCCCAAGGGAGAACCCGCAACAUGAUUGAAGAUUUUUUUAUAAAAUCAUGAAGAUGAUGAACACGCAACAUUUCAUAUACAUAUUUCAAAAUGCACAUCAUGUACAGAAUAAGAAUCAAGGGUGGGUGUGGGUGAC